AUGUAUGUAAAAUCAGUGAAAUUAACAAGCUUAUUGACGUUUUCUUUCGUUUGUUAUCGCUUUUUGUUGCUUUAUAAUCUGACUUCGACUUUUUCCUGAAAAACGCUAAAUGAUAUUAAAGUUUUGUUUGUGAAUUUCUCGAGUUUAUGCACCACACACGUCUACCUCGUAAUCUAUGUUGCUUAGACGUAUGAAGGAAACCUUGCGGAUUACAUUUAAAUAAUACUAAGAAACUAAAACUUCUUUUAUCGUCAAAUGAAUACGCAAUUCAUACAUAAAUAAUAACAUCAACGUUUUAGAUAAUUAUUGCCUUUAAAACAGUCAAACUAAUUUGUUCAAUUCUUCUGUGUUUUGAAGUGUUUUCCAUACCUAUCUGCUGUGUCUUCCUACUGUUUAUUCGUCAAUAAAAUGCAUUUGGCUUUUUGUUCAAUAAUUGUAUUUAUUUUUGUCUGUUCAAAUCAAGGGCAUCAAACAAUGAAGGUGGCAAUUAUCGGCGCCGGUCCUUCAGGAUUAAUUAGUGCCAAAUAUUGUGCUGAUGCAGGCUUUGAUUACGACAUUUAUGAACAAACAGGAGCAGUUGGCGGUACAUGGGUUUACACCGAUAAAACAGAUCUGGAUGAAAACGACUUGCCGGUUCACUCAUCUAUGUAUAAAAAUUUACGCACAAAUUUGCCGAAAGAAUUAAUGACCUUCGGUGGUUUCACGUAUCCGGAAGAGUUGAAAAGGUCAUAUCUAUAUCAAGCAGAAGUUUUACAGUAUUUCGAAAAUUUCACUAAACAUUUUCACAUCGAUGAACAUAUUAAGUUUUUCAGUUACGUUAAGCAAAUUGAAAGUUUAACGAAUGGAAAGUGGUUAGUGAAAUUGUUAGAUGUUAAAAGUAAAACCGAAACAGAGCAUAUUUACAACGUCGUAAUGGUUUGCAAUGGACAUUACGAAAAACCCUUCAUUCCAGAUAUAAAGGGCGCAUCAGGUUUUGAAGGAAUGAAAUUACAUAGUCAUGCUUACCGAAUUGCCGAAAUAUUUACGGGUAAGACGGUCCUUAUUAUAGGCGGAGGUCCUUCCGGAAUCGACAUUUCUCGAUUACUUUCUAAAGUUGCCUUGAAGGUCUUUUUAAGUCAUAGAAAUGUUAUUCCAAUAAAAUUGCCCAACAGCGUUUACCUCAAGCCGAUAGUUAAGGAAAUAUUUAAAAAUUCCGUUGUUUUUAAUGACGGAACGGAAGAAAAUAUCGAUGUAAUUUUAUAUUGUACAGGUAAGGUAAUUUACAAGCAUAUGUACUUAACUCAAAACAAUAACCCCAUGUAUAACAAAAUUAGGUAUUUAAUAAACGUCAAGAUAAAUUUUGACAUGACAAAUUGUAAAACGUGUAAAAAAACAGCAAAUUUUACAUUAUGACUGACAUGUUCGGACGUCGGCUGGGGAAGGAAAACGGAGGGGGAGGGCGGAAAUGACUUUGUUAAACGCAAACAAAUGUUUUUAAGUAGGAGCGGAGGAGGAAGGCGUGGGGGUUGGAGAUGAAAAAUCGAAAAUUGAAAAAGCUACUAAUCUAACCUAUCUUAUCCAGCAGUAGCCUCAUCUAAUCUUUUAGAGCGGUUUAUGCAUUCUUAUUGGAGCAGCAGUCAAAAGCUGCAAUUUUUUUUUACUGUUGUUACCAUCACGUUAGGAGGCGCUGUACGUGGAAGAUUCUAGGUG